AGAAGGGGACUUUGUCUGUAGAGAUUUUUGUCCAGCUGGUACGUUCUCAAAAGACGGUAUGAGCCCAUUCUGUACAUUGUGUCCACAAGGCCAGUACCAGGACCAAACCGGGCAAACUAAAUGCACCGUUUGCCCACAAAACAAGUUUACAAACACUAAGCUUGGAGCUACUUCAUGUCAAGAUGUGAAACCAACAAACCAGCAACAGAAUGGUUUGCUGGAAAUCACUUCAGUCAAGAAACCAAAAAAAUGGAGACCUAACGACGAUACAUUAGAGUGCAAUAUCAAAGACAACAACUACAAACUUGUGUCUGUACAAUGGAAGAUCAUCAACAAGGGUAAUAUACCAGUUGACUUUCUUGGCAAGCCAAAGUAUGAAGAGAUUCGAAAUGACUCUGCGAAGCUCGUUGGUUCUCGCCUUGUUUUAUCGAAUGUCACUCCACACAACGCAAGACUGGAUUACGUUUGCGUAGCAGCCAACGUUAACGGAGAAACGCGCAAGACUGCGUGAACGUUCCUUGGCCUUAUCGAGACUGAUGUUGUUACGCGCAAAGAAUGCCUAGAUGCCAGAUUCAUAGAAAAUAAAAAACAAAUUUAAUUAAAUCAAUAUAAACAAAAUAAACAGGUU